UUUUAGAUUUUUGUAAAUGCGCUUUUUCCUUGGUGGACCACAGCUACCGUUUCAUACCUUGUCUAGAUGUGUUUUGCUUUAAAUAUCCUUCUCGAAACCACGACAGGCGGCAACCGAUUCCAUAGUUUACUACCACCACCAAGAACCUUCUAGAAAUCACGCCAAUCUUCCUACCUUCUCCGUUGUGUCUCCGGCGUAUUCGCCGGUGAUUUUUUUGCUCUCAGGUAAGCUGAUUAGGCGACUCUUUCGUCCUCGGCGUUCUUUUCUGAAAGCAAAAAAAGAGAGAGAAAAUCGGUUACAGAAUUUUCAAUUGAUGUCAGAGAGGUUCAAUUCUUGUGCCAGAAAUACAUCUGGAUUUGUUUGAAAUUUUCUUCUUAUAUGUGCAGUCAUCUGUAAUCGGCAGCAAUGGCGACGUCACCGGUUGGAAAAACCGGUGAAUUGACCGUAGGAGAGUCGCAGAGGACUAUUCCGACGCCUUUUUUGACUAAAACAUACCAACUUGUUGACGAUCCGUCAUCGGACGAAAUGAUUUCAUGGAACGAACACGGAAACGCGUUCGUCGUUUGGCGACCGGCUGAAUUUGCUAGAGACUUGCUUCCGAAAUACUUCAAACACAACAAUUUCUCGAGCUUUAUUCGACAGCUGAACACUUAUGGAUUUAGGAAGACCGUAUCUGAUCGUUGGGAAUUCGCGAAUGAUUACUUCCGUAGAGGCGAAAAAACUCUCCUCCGUGAGAUACACCGUCGAAAAAUCUCUACCACCACUUCGGCAACACAGGCAGUAAUUACAGCAAUCCCCUUGGUAGGUCUUCCAAUCCCAACAUCUCCUGCAAAUUCAAGUGAAGAACUCGCCGGAUCAUCAAAUUCGUCACCAAUCAUAACGAUGAUCCACGGCCAACCUUGUACGACCAAGACGGAUCUCGUAGAAGAAAACGAACGGUUGAAGGAACAGAAUUCCAACUUGAGAUGCGAACUGAGUCAUCUUCGAAGCUUGUGUAGCAAUGUUGUUAAUCUGAUGUCUAAUUUCGUUUCAAAUCAACCGGAGAUGGAAAUUGAUGGAUCAGAAGAGAAGGCGGUUGAAGGUAGCGCCACUGGUCCGGAGGUUGAAGAAGAGAUGUGUCCGCGGUUGUUUGGUGUAUCACUGGGCGUAAAACGUGUGAGGAGAUCCGCCAUUGAAGAGCAGGAAGAUGAUGAGAAGAUGGUUGAAGAACAAAAAUUCAUGUAAAUUAACAGUUGUACGUUGUUGUACAAACAUCAAAGCACAGACCAAAAAAUCAUAGACUAGAUGUAAUAUAAGCGUGCGUGCAUGACCAGACAAGCAAAAUGCUUAUAUAUUAUUAUAUCCUCUCUGUUUUAACGUUGGAAUUCGAUCAAAUCAUGCAUUCAAAAGGUAAAAAAUGAGUUUCAGUGUUGAUAUAUGUGAGGAAGUAAUAACUGAGA